AUGUGUAUAAAUAUUGGAGCGUACCAGCAGGCAGUCGGUCAGUCAAUCAGAAAAUCAAUCCAUAUGAAAUUAAUUGUACUCUUUGCCAUCUUACAGUCUCUGGUUUUUAGAGAGAGUGAAGGACAGUAUGUAUAUCGUGACCCCUAUUUCGAUGAGUUGAAUACUAAAAUAUUUUAUCCACAACAGCCAAUAUAUCAUCGAAAGCACCCACAGAUGAAACCAGAUAUGCAUCCACUGGAACCAAUGCGCCCAUCGAUGAAACCAGAGAUGCAGCCACUACAACCAAUGAACCCACAGAUGAAACCAGAGCACCCACAGAUGAAACCAGAGUAA